AACUGUUAUUCGUGGCCCGGUAUCGUGAGUGAAAAUAUCAAUUUAUCGCGAGGCCUUCCUUUAUCGUUCCUCCGUUACAACAUCUAUAGUACACCAGAUGCUUGAGCAACGUUUCUCGAACAACAAUCAGGAGGGCACCGGUAAACAAACGCGGCGCAAAAAAAUAUCUCGAGUCUCGAAAAUGAAAAUACAUAAAUCUUCUCCGGGGAAACGUGAAAAAUAGCACGUCGGAGAAUUUACAUAAUUCGUGGACGCAAAGAAAUUUCUCUUUCUAGUCCUCAUCUCUUCUAUCAUUGAUUCCUGAAGUAAUAGAUUCGAAAUAACCGACAUGCAUACGCGUAUUUCAUAACGUAUCGUGUACUUAUCGAAAUAAUAAUAGCCUGUGUUCAUCGAACAAAUUAUAAAAUCGUAUUUGCGUCACGAACACAACGGCUGAUUACCGAAUCCGAGUCUGAAAUAUGCCUCGUGUCAACGGGGUCAUCGUGGGAGGCACCGUUUCUGCUUCGACCGGCAUUCUCCAAGCUCAGUACACGAGAUACCGGUACCAAGAAAGAACGAUGCUUCGUUUCGGUGUACGUGGCCAGUCAAUUUGCUUGGACAAUAUCGAGAAAUGUUUCGAAACGGUAGGAGGCAUACGCGAAUCGUCUAAUUUCGCUGCGAUCUCGAGAACCAGCGCGAAACACGCCGUCCCAAAGUGCCGUUCGAGAUGUUUGAUCGAUUUGAAUGCAAACGGAACCGAAGGCCGUCGUUUGUCGACGACCACGCAGGCGCCGAAGCCAAGGAAAACUAGUCUGUACGAUUUUCACGUGAAAAAUCGAGGUAAAAUGGUCGAUUUCUCGGGAUGGUUGUUACCAGUCCAGUAUCAAGAAGCGAUAGCUGCAUCGCAUCAACACACGAGAACGUUCGCGUCGCUUUUCGACGUCAGUCACAUGAUGCAGACACGGGUUUCCGGUCGCGACGCCACCGAUUUCUUAGAAUCCCUAACUACCAGCGAUCUGAAGAACCUAAAGAAUGGUUGCGCGGUUCUUACGGUGUUCACCAACGAAAACGGGGGCAUCCUCGACGAUCUGAUCAUCACCAAAGACGACGAGAGCACGUACUUCGUGGUAUCGAAUGCCGGAAGACGGGCAGAAGAUUCUAAUUUACUGUUUCAACGACAGAAAGAAUUCAGAGCCCAAAAGAAAUCAGUGCACCUAGAGUUCUUAGAUCCCGAGGAACAGAGUUUAGUUGCAUUGCAAGGACCUACCGCAGCAUCGGUUCUACAGUCUAUAUUAAAAAUCAAUUUGAGUUACUUGAAAUUCAUGAACAGUGUUGAGACCGAACUGUUAGGGAAUGAAAUCAGAAUAACUCGAUGUGGAUACACAGGGGAAGAUGGUUUUGAGAUCUCUAUGCCGUCUGAAAUUGCACCUCAACUAGUGGAAAUGAUCUUAGCAACGUCUGACACGAAAAUGGCCGGUCUAGGGGCCAGAGAUAGUUUAAGACUAGAAGCAGGCCUUUGCCUCUAUGGACACGAUAUCGAUGAAAAUACCACUCCAGUCGAGGCUAGUCUUACUUGGCUAGUAGCCAAGAGAAGAAGAGCAGAGGCAAACUUUCCAGGUGCUCAGAGAAUACUGUCGCAGAUCAAAUCGGGCCCUAGUAAAAAACGAGUAGGAUUGACGAUUGUACACGGACCACCAGCUAGAGAGGGUGCGUGUAUAUUAACACCGGAAGGUGAACGGGUAGGUAAGAUCACAUCCGGUGGCCCUAGUCCAACCCUUGGACGCUCUAUCGCUAUGGGGUACGUUCCUACGGAACUAUCUCAAUGCGGUCAUGGAGUAUUGGUCGAAGUUCGUGGGAAAACUUACAAAGCUACCGUCACAAAAAUGCCUUUCGUCAAGACGAACUAUUACACUGCAAAGUGAUCGAUAACGCUUCUUCGAUUCACCUGUGCUAUUUGAAAAGAACAUUAAACAUUCGUUUUUACUCUCGAUGAUAAUGCAGUCAGUGUUUCUGUACAAGUUUGUAGUUGACUUCAAGGUAGAAGGAUAAACAACGAACCUCAGAAGUAUUCUCUUUCAGAAACCAAUAUUAAAAGUUUUGUUACAAAGUAACAAUCGUUGAACAUUGUUUUUUAUUAAUCAAACGUCGUAAACAAGAAAACAUUGUACAGUACUCUAACGUAUAAAAGUAUUUUUAUAAAUGAAAACUAAUUAUUAUUUUCCUAUAAAAAUAAACUAUAUGAGAAUAUGGCAUCAUUACUUGUUGGUGUUGAGGCAAACCUUUUUACCAACUGCAGAAGGGAACAAGACUACGCGUCGGUAUGAAACUAAUGCAUCAAAAGUACCUGCAGAAAAGAUCUGACCAAGUAUCGGUAUUAAAGUGAACUAUUUUAUAAACUAUUGAUUCUACAGUAUACUGAAUUACCGUCAGUAGCAUAAAACAAUUUCUAUAUGCAACAUUUUAAUUAUAAACUAGGGCGAUUUGUUAAUCUUUUAGCCCAAUAUACUAUAAUAACGUAAAAGUGAAAUGAAAGUUAAUUAAAGUUAAUGCAAAAAUUAAUGAAAAAG